AUGAAAUGUCUCAUAUGGAUAUGUGGACUUGUUGCCCUCCAAGAUGCCGAUGUUCUUCUUCGUGCUCGUGCCCUUCGCAGGAUGGAGGGCAAGCCUCAAACCACGCUAAAGGAGCUUGCCGCCGAAGUUCAGCACUUUCUCGACAUUCGACAGGAUGCCGUACUCCUCGAACCAUCAAGUGAACCGCAUGCCAAUGUCCUGGAUUCGCAAAAGAGUCGAAAUCGUGAGCCGCCGUCACCUUGUUUUCGUCUGCCAACAACGAACCGAUCAACGUUUGUGGAUGCUACGAAUGCAACUUCAUCAUUUGAUGAUCAUCGAGGAUAUGGUGCUUGUUCUUCAUGGACGCUCAGCACCUUGAAUUCUCUUGCAACGCGCCUGAGGAAGAAGUUCCUAGCAGUCUUCGCUCCUGGACUGGGAUGUUGUACAAAGUCAAAGGCUAAACUCGCUCUGAAGCCUGACUCCAAGCCUGUCUUUCUGAAGGCUCGCCCGGUGCCCUAUGCCACUAUGCCAAGGAUUUCAACCGAAAUCGAUCGACUUGUGUCUAUACAUGUGCUGAAGCCCGUUGAUCACUUAGAAUGGGCAGCACCCAUCGUCAUCGUUGAGAAGAGAAAUGGAUCGAUCCGUCUCUGCGCAGACUACUCAACCGGACUGAACGAUGCACUAGAACAAAACCAGCAUCAGCUUCCAACCCCAGAGGACACUUUCGCAAUGGGACGCUACUUUUCACAGCUCGACUUAGCCGAAGCAUAUCUCCGAUUGGAAGUGGACGACGUCUCAAAGCAGCUACUCACUAUCAACAUGGACUGUAUCGCUUCAACCGACUACCAUUUGGAGAGAAACCAGCUCCUGAUUGGAGCUGCCGCCUAUCUCGACGACAUAUUGGUUACUGGUAGAACCAUCGGCGAACACAGUGCCCGACUAGAGCGGAUUCAAGACUACGGAUUGCGCGUUCUACUCGACAAAUGUGCUUUUCUGCAGACGGAGAUCAACUAUCUUGGGUUCCUCAUCAACACACAAGGACGACGUCCCGAUACUGAAAAGACCAAAGCUAUCCACAAGAUGCCCGCUCCGAAUGACGUCAGUCAACUUCUCUCUUUUCUGGGAUUCAUCACUUUCUACGGAAACUUCGUCAAGGAUCUCCACAAUCUACGCGCCCCUUUGGACACUAUUACGAAAAAGGAUGUUGUCUACACAUGGACACCGGAGUGCCAAUCUUCUUUCGACAAGAUUAAGGCAAUCCUAAGCUCGGAUCUCCUGUUGACCCACUUUGACCCAAGUUUCCCGAUCAUCGUUGCCGCUGAUGCUUCAAAUUACGGAAUCGGAGCAACCCUCUCGCAUCGCUUCGCAGAUGGAUGCGAGAAGAUCAUUUAUCGCUUUUCUUCAAUCUGCCAAAUUUCACUAACCUUCUAG